AGAGAGGGAGAGGGAGAGACAAAAUAUCAGAUUCCAUGGACCAGAGAACACAGUUGGAACUCAAGUAGAGACUUACUGUAGGACAGAGGGAUGGAUACUCUUCUUCACGCAGACAGUGUAGGACCCCAGGCAGGAUGCACGUUCCCGGAGUGAAUUUGUCAGAGGAGUGGGAGACGAACAAGACCCAGGAGCAGAUGAGGAACAUCACCCACCUGCCCUAUUACCGGUACUCCUUUGCAGCGGCAGCUGGCUUAGCCCUCGCCUACCUGUUCAUCUCGGUCCUGUGUUUGGGGGGCAAUGGGCUGGUGUGCUACAUCGUGCUGAAGAACCACAGGAUGCGCUCCGUCACCAACCUCUUCAUCCUGAACCUGGCCUUCAGCGACCUGCUGGUGGGAAUCUUCUGCGUGCCGACCACGCUGGUGGACAGCCUCGUCACAGGCUGGCCCUUCAGCCAGACGGUCUGCACCUUGAGCGGCUUCAUCCAGGGGGUGUCUGUGUCGGCUUCCGUCUUCACCUUGGUGGCCAUCGCGGUGGACAGGUUCCAAUGCAUCGUCUAUCCCUUUCGGCAGAAACUGAGCCUCCCCAAAGCCCUCGGCAUCACCCUGCUGAUCUGGGUGCUGGCCGUUGCUAUCAUGUGCCCAGCGGCAGCCAUGCUCAAAGUGGUUCAACUGAACGACACUGACAUGGUCCACAAGAACGAGACAUACUCGCUGUACACCUGCUACGAGAACUGGCCUGAGCCAGAGAUGCGCAAAGCGUACACCACCGUCCUCUUCGUCCACAUCUACCUGGCGCCCCUGAGUCUCAUCAGCGUGAUGUACGGCAUCAUCGGGGCGAGGCUCUUCAGCUUCCAUGGGCCGGAGCGCAGGAGCUCUGGAGAGCUGCAAGGGGACAGGAGCUCCAUCUCCAAGAAGAAGAUGAAGGUGAUUAAGAUGCUGGUCACUGUGGCUGUGCUCUUCAUGGUGUCCUGGUUGCCUCUGUGGACCCUGAUGAUGCUGAGUGACUACGAGGACCUGGGAGAGGAGCGCCUCAGUUUCCUCGCCAGCUACGUUUUCCCCUUCGCUCACUGGCUGGCGUUCUUCAACAGCAGUGUCAAUCCCAUAAUCUACGGCUACUUCAACGAGAACUUCAAGAGGGGCUUUCAGGUGGCUUUCAGCUCCUGCCACUGCUCCCGGGAAACCGAGCAGCCGGUGGUGUACUUUGAGAGAUCCAGGAACGCCGUCUUCAUCGUGAGCAACAAGGUCUCAAGCGGUGAGUCGAUGGAACAGAGCCGGGCACGGCAGGGUAAUGGGGAGCCAGCCCCAAAGCAAACACAGCCAAGGGUGAGGGGCAUUCUCUUGGAAGAUAUCGACAAGAUUACUACUGACAAUCGAGUUAGCGUAGCCUGGGAGAAAUGAAAGGCAGACCACUGUCUUGACCGCCACUUUGUAAGGUAAAAUUAUUGUGGAGACCUUACCAGUACCUUGAGCAAACUCCUACAAACAGUGAUUGACUAUGAACUGGUCAUCGUCUAGUUGUGCUUUAACUGUUGCUUGCUUGCCAUUGCUGGAUGCUGUGAGGAUCUCAGUCAUUCCUGUCGGCUCCCUCCAGGGUGUUCACAGGGUCCCAGGGACAGGAUCCAGUUGAUGAAUAUAUGUCACAAGCCCCAUACAGGCAUGCUUACCACUUGUCUCCCAGUUUGUAUUGUAAUUGGUGUUGUCGGGGUAGCAUCAUAAUAAAAUCAUAAUAAAGCUGCCUGAUGUUUAAAGAUAGAUACAAACGAUGCUCCAUCGAUAAUGAAGAUAAUAGCCUUAAUACAAGUGAUGCUGCUAAGCCUGUGUCUCUUAACUGUGUAACUUCUUUCCUCAUUUAUGACCAGGGAUAUAUUAACACAAAUAUCAACACAGUUGCAAUAAUGUUGAAAAAGAUAUUGAUGAAAUGCAUACAGCACACAGCUGUGGCCACACGUUUUGCAUCGCCUAGAAUUUCAGGAUUGAGACACAAUUAAACUACAUGAACAUAAUUUAGAUUAUACAUCGUGCAAUCAAAGAAACUACAAAAUGAUGUCGCAAAAGUCUACUGCAGGAAUAGCAGUACGGCAGCAUUUCAUAUUAGAUUUUGAAACGUCCUCUGUUUUCAAUUUGUGUUUAAUUCAAGGGAAAACUCCAAAGCGGUGUGCGAUUCAACAUGUUAACAAGGUAACAUUAUUCAGUUGGUUUCAUUCGACUUCAUGAAGGCAAAAUGAGUUCGUUCUAUAGGGGGAUGCAAACUUCUGCCCGAAGCUGUACAACAAAGGAGGAAACCUGGGAAAGAAACAUGUUGUUUUAAACCCUACAGCAUUGUUCAGUCACACUUUCUACCUCUCUAUUAUUGGCCUUGAUAAGCGCAGAGCACAAGCAAUUAGACUCACCCAGGAUGGAGGUCAGAAACCUCACUGUACAUUUUAGACCCUUUUAAAUGUUUUUGCUGCAAUUUCUAGCUCAGCAAUGGCACAUGUUUUGCAGAUGCCAACAAUAGAGCAGUAUGCCAUGCUUAUAACAGUAGAGCAUAAUUAUAUCACAUGGUAUCAGAAUAUGCAGGCGUUUUAGGCUAUUAAAACUCAUACCAAAUGCAGUUAUUUAGGUCCAACUUUUUUUGGAAUAAAUGUAUAUGUUCUUGUUUCAAAUGGGCAUUGUGGAUUCGGUCUUGAAAGCUUUUCAUUGUUUAGUGGUCUGAGCCCUUGUUGUGUGUAACAUGUUUUGGAUUGUUGACGCUUUUACUUCAUUGUACGCUCGCUACUCUAUUUGUUUAUGCCUAUUAAAAAAAAAUUGACUUCAUGUACCACCUUACAAAGCCUCUUCCAGUUACUGAAUACAGCAUCCGUGCACAAAGCAAUAAGGGAACUUCAUUUUACAUUUUACAAAGAGCAGUGUCGAUGCCAACAAGGAGAGAAACCCCACUGCAGGUGUUGAACCUCUAUUCCAAAACUAUUCCAGCACGGAGAGUGAAAAGGAAACCGCAGGUCUCCACGUGGGAUUCCUCCUGCGGGAAUUCUUCUAAAUCCUCAGGUGUGGCCGAAGGUUUUGCACCACCCUGAAGAAGGAACUAUUUCUGUUUCAUAAAGUUGACUUAAACCUGCUGACUAAUGCUACA